AUGGAUGUCGAUUUUCAAUCUGUCGCGGGCAAGACGAUAUUGAUCUUGGGUGGCACCGGCUUUCUUGCAAAAAUUUUUUUAGUAAAAAUACUUUGUAUCCAACCACCAGUCAAGAAAAUAUAUCUUGUAAUAAGAUCAAAUUCCAAACAAUCCGCUGAACAACGGCUUCAGAAAGAGAUUUUUGAAACUAAAGUCUUUGAAGUUAUCAAGAAAGAACUUGGAAGAGAAUUUAGCAAUGUUACAGAGGAGAAGGUUGUUCCAAUUUGCGGUAAUAUUUCUCUUGAAAAUUUGGGAAUUGUCGAUCCAACAUUGACUGAAGACAUUCAAAAAGGGGUAGACAUUAUUGUUAACUCAGCAGCAACAACAAAAUUUAAUGAAAGAUAUGAUGUAGCAUUGGGCAUCAAUUCUAUGGGAGCAAAAAAUGUCAUGACUUUUGCAGAAAAGUGUUCAAAACUCAAGAUGCUUCUCCAUGUUUCAACAGCUUACGUGCACGGCAUGAGGAUAGGGCUCUUGAGGGAAACACCCCUUCAUAUGGGUGAGACACUCAAUGGAGCUAAAGCUACACGACUAGAUAUUGAUAAAGAGAUAGAAAUCAUGAAUACAAGAAUGGAUGAGCUUCGAUCUAAAAAUGCAUCUGAAAAAGAAAUAACGUGGGAAAUGAAGGAGUUAGGCAUGGAAAGGGCCAAGUUGCAUGGAUGGCCAAACACAUACGUGUUCUCAAAAGCAAUCGGAGAGAUGCUUUUAGGAUCGUUCAAGGAGAAGGUUGCGACAAUAAUAUUUCGCCCAACUAUCAUAACAAGUACUUAUAAAGACCCAUUUCCUGGUUGGAUUGAAGGAAUAAGAACUAUUGAUACUAUUUUUGCUGCUUACGGGAAAGGAAUGAUGAAAAGUUUCAUCGGCAAUCCACACGCAACUAUCGACCUUAUCCCAGGCGACAUGGUUGUAAAUGCUAUGUUGGCGGCGGUGGUGUCACAUCUUUCUAGCCAACCAUCUCAUGAUAAAUUUAAAAUUUAUCAAGUUGGUACAUCCUUAAGGAAUCCAGUAAAAUUGAAGUUGUUUGCUUCUCUAAUGUAUCAAUUCCUGAAGAAAAAUCCGAUGGUUGAUCAUAGAGGAAAACAAGUCAAUGUGAGACAGAUAGAUUUUCUGAGCUCCUUUUCAAGCUUUCAACAAUACAUUAGAAUGAACAAUUUGCCAUUUUUGGAGAUGAUGAAGUUCUUUAAUCUUAUUCUAUGCAACCAGUUUCGAACCUCGAUAACCAGAGCAACACGGAAUAUUGAUAGUUUGACAAGAUUGGCGCAACAUUUCGAACCUUAUGUGUUCCCCAGUGGAAUCUUCGAUGACUUCAACACUGAAUUCUUGCGGAGGUCCAUAAGUGAGAGCCAUGUAAAUGUCGAUAUUGGUUUCGAUCCGACAUUGGUGCAGUGGGAAGAGUAUUUUAUGAACAUUCAUUUUCCGGGGAUUGUGAAGUAUGCGCUCAAAUAA